AAAAAAGAAAAGAAAAAGAAAGAAAAGCAGAAAAGAAAAACAAUCCAAAUGUAAUGUUCAAAAGCAGCACUAUUGGGUUUAAUUAUUCAAACAUUAAUUUUCACAUUUAAGAAUACAAAAAUGCCACAGGCUUUCCUCCUAGAAAUAUAAAAACAAAAAAGACUAUCUUUUUAAAUAUUCUUAAAAACUCAAAUGGAAAUUGCUCUGGAAGCACCACCUUAUCACAUCAUGCAUGGCUGAGAAAUAAAUCAGAUGUUAUUUGAAUACAUUUACUCAUAUUCAAAGAGAUCCUUUUUUUCUUUUUAAAGAAAUAAGUACAGAUUUAAUAAGAAUAGACCUACAUUCUUCAUUUGGGGAGUUUAAUAAGCAGUUUGAAAUGAUUAUUACUGGAAUUUCAUAUAGCAUAACACUGACUUUGCAUUAAAAUAGGUUUUUAUGGACAAAUAAAAUGUAGCAAUUUUCCCUACAUCUGUUAAUUAAGAUAUUUUAACCAGAUAAGUAGCAAUGUCAUUUGCUCGCUGUGAUUUGGGAAAAAAAAGUCCUACGAAGUUACCCAUUAUUCCCUUCACAGUCUUAGAGUACAUGAGAUUGUGAACUCCAUAUAGGAACACAACAGGAAAGGUAUAAAACAUUAUUGAUUAAACUUGGUUCCCCCUCCCCUUUUUUGACUAUUGAUUUGAUUAAAUUCUUCUUCCUUACUUAAUAGAACAAUUGAAAAAUUCCAAUGGAUUUCUGCUAGAAC